GACUUCAGUUACAAGGCCGUUUCGUAGACGUCAGCACUGUCGCGUAUGUGGGCUUUGGAGAUGCGUAAAGAAGUUGGAAGGAAAUAAAUUCAGUGAAUUGUGCGUACUUAUGGAGUAAAUGAACAAGCAAUGUUUUUUACUUUCGACGACAUUUAGCAACGCAAUGGAAUACGUUAUCAGUUUUUCACUUUCUUUUCGGAGUUCGUGUGAGAAUUAGAGGUGACGAAGAUGAAGGAUUUUCUCUUCUGUGGAUGGAACCAUAACUGCAGACCAAGCUGUGAGCGAUAACUGCCCCACCUGCCCCGCUCCACCCUCAGAAACAGAGCGAUUUGAAUCGUGAGGCGACGGGCAGUUGGGCAGCCCGCGGGGGCUGGAAGGCUGCGACCCCACUAUGUUUGCCAAGCUGAAGAAGAAGAUCGCCGAGGAGGCGGCCACAGCCCCCCGGUCGGCUGGCCGCAUCCCCCGCUCCGUCAGCAAGGAGUCCAUCACCUCCGCCGGUGCCGACUCUGGCGAUGACUUUGCCUCUGAUGGCAGCAGCUCCAGAGACGACCUCUCCUCCCAGCUACUCAGACGGAAUGGGCAGAUCCGCAGGCUGGAGGCCAAGCUGUCAGACUAUGCUGAGCAGCUUCGAGUUCUGCAGAAGACAAAAGAGAAGCUCGAAAUCGCGUUAGAAAAACACCAGGAUUCAUCCAUGAGGAAGCUACAGGAGCAGAACGAGAGCUACCAGGCCAGCAGAGCCAAAAUGGCCGAAGGGAUGGCCCUGGCGCUGGCCAAGAAGGAUCAGGAGUGGAAGGAGAAGAUUGCUGCUUUGGAGAAGUGGAAUGUGUGUAGAGGCGACGCGCUGGGCCUCACCAGCCCCUCCCCCUGCCCCUCCUCCCACCCAUGCGGGCCGCAGGAGAAGGGUGAGCUGUCCACACAGCUGGGCGACCUGACCGAGCAGAGCCUCAGCCUGUUCCGGAAGAGGGAUGACCUGGACGAGCUGGAGGGCUUCCAGCAGCAGGAACUGGCCAAGGUGAAGCACAUGCUUUUGAGGAAGGAGGAGCAGCUGGGUCAGAGGGAAGAGGAGCUACGGCAGCAGUCUGGCGACCUGCAGGAGGCCCGCAGGGUGCUGGCCGAGGCCCAGGACAGGGUGCACCUGCUGGAGGAAGAGCAGCAGGAAAACCUGAGGCUCAACCAGGAGCUGCAGGCCGAGAGGGAGAAAUUCCUCGGUCUGAGGGAGGAAGCGGAGAAGAAGAUCUCUGAGCUGGAGGGGAGGAGCGAGGAGCUCCAAGAUGCCCUCCAGCGGGUCACCGAGGACUUCCAGAAGUCACUGAGCAGCGCGGAGCAGGCGCUCAGCUCGACGCAGGCUGACCAUCAGGCCUUGAAGCUUCAACAUGAGCAGCACAAGCAGAAGGUGGCUGUGGCCGAGGAGGAGAAAGACCGGCUGGUGUGGGACUUACAGGGGAAGGUCUGCUCACUGGAGAGACGCUUGCAGGGCAACCUCACGGAGGACGAGCACCUGGAGGAGCUGCUGAAGGAGAAGGGGGCGCUGGAGCAGAAGGUGGAGGAGACGCGGGCGGAGCUGCUGGAGGCACGGACGAGCCACGCCACAGCGCUCAGCACCCUGGAGGCGCAGAUAUCCAGGCUCAAUGGCUCGUUGGCGGAACUGCAGGUGCUGCUGGGAACCAAAGAUGACAGUUUGAGGUCCCUCAGAGAGAGCUCAGAGGCACAGAUCAAUGCCCUCGAGCGGCAGGUGCAUGAGUACCAGGAGAUGCUGAAGAGCAAUGAGCAGCAAGAGAGCGAGAGGGAAGCACACAUGCAGAAGCUGCAGGCGGAGUGGAGCCUGACCAGCGAGCGCCUGCGGCAGAAGGACCAGGAGGCUCUGGUCCGGCUGGGGGCCCAGGUGGCUGCUCUGGAGACGGCGCGGGACGUGGACCGCGCUGCCACCCAGCACAGGAUUACUGAGAUGGAGCUGGAGCAGGAGGUACUGCUGCGGGGGCGGGCCGAGGUGGAGGCGGAGCUCAGCAGGCAGGCUAACGACCUAGAGCUGGCCAGGGCAGAGCUGGUGAGCCAGCAGGCGGUCAGCGUGGAGAUCGUCAAAGCUCUGGAGGUGAUGAGAACCCAGAAAGAAGAGCUGCAGCAACAGGUGGGAGAGACCGAGUCAACUCUGAAGGCCAAGGAGGACGAACUGACCAGGGUCACUGAGCAGCUGGUCCAGAGGGAAGCAGAGCUGCACGCCCUCCAGGAAGAGCUGCGAGCCGCCGGUGCUACCAUGGAGGAGCUGCGGGCAGAGGUGGAGCUGCAGAGGCGGUGGGCAGAGGAGCGGGAGGCCCAGCUAGGGGUGCUGCAGCAGGAGGCGCUGGCCCAGAAUCAGCAGGGUGAGGUGGAGACCCUGCUGGAGCAGUCCCAUGCCCCGGCCGUGUGCCAGGUGGAGCAGAACGGCGUGGUGACCGUGGAUGACCUGGAGCUCGUGCAGCGGUCCAACCGAGAGCUGGAGCAGCAGCUCAGUGAGAAGACCAAGACGAUCAAGCAGCUGCAGCAGAGGCUGGCGGAGCUGAAGAGGACCUUGCAGAAGGAGCUGAAGCUGAAGCCGGAUGCGGAGCCCGAGGGGAAGGAGAAGCGACAGGAAGCCAAGGCAGACAGGCCGGAAAGGAGCGAGAGGCCCAGCCCAGAGGCCUCAGCCCGGGUCCCGUCCGGCAGCGCCCCUCCCCCGGGCACCACAAUCAGCACCUCCUCCACCGUCACAAACAACGCCAACCUCAGCAACGCUCACGAGAUCAACUUCGAGUACCUCAAGCACGUGGUGCUCAAGUUCAUGUCCUCCAGGGAGGCUGAGGCAUACCAGCUGAUAAGAGCUGUUUCUGUGCUGCUACACUUUACCCGUGAAGAAGAGGCUAUGCUGAAGGAAAGCCUGGAGUACAAGAUGUCAUGGUUCGGAUCAAAGCCAUCUCCAAGAGGUAUAGUUCGGCCAUCAAUUUCAGGAUCGUCUGCACACUGGAGCUGAGUUGAGGGUCAGGGGUUAGACCCCAAACAGCGGUGAUGAGACCCCAUCACCUCCCACCCCCCUCCUCACCCCUCACUCCCCUGCCCACAUCCAGGACGUCACCUCAUCACUGUGGCAACAGAAUACAUAUUUCCUUUUUAAACAAAAACUGAAAUACUUUUUAAAAGGGUACUGAUUUUAAAUACUUUCUACUGCUAACUGGUGUAGCUCAUUCUGUCCUUUUGGAAAUCAGUGCUGGGUUUUCCUUUUUCCCCUCCUCUCCCUCUGGUUAUCCUCCUCUUUUCCCUCUUUUCCUUUUUUGAAGAUGACAGAGGACUGUGCCUGUGACUAGGGAGAGCUUUCUCGCUGCAUGAGGGGGACAGAUCUCGAUUUUAAAUGGGGCUUUAGCUCUGUAUUUUCUUUGGUUUCCACUAAUUUGCAAACCUCCUGAUCGCACUCGCUGUAAACGUUUGGCUGGCAGGUGUUUCCUUCGCGUAGAAGUGUCCCACUCUACUUCUCCAUUUUGGCUACCACUUGAAGGCGGGUGGGGUGGUGAAACCACUUGAUGUCUCAGGGGAGACGCUUCCUUGCACUUCCCCAUCUGCCCCUAGAGCACAGACAGGUGGUACAGUCCGCUCACAGGGACUGAGUUCUCACAGAUACCAGUUCCUUUUCCAUGAUCGCCUCCACUAUCCGAUUGGAGUCAGACCUUCCUCACAAGGGGAGCCACAUGUCCCCAUGUGUGCCCCUACAUGUGCUUCUACACCUCCCCGUCGGGUCAUUGUGAGGUCAGACGUGUGGUUGAACCUUGUCUGAGUUAUUUUAACCACGCUUCAUUAAAUUCUCAUCUUUUCCCACUACAGCUUUUUUUUUUUUUUUUUUAUUAUUUAAAUAACGGUCUAAACUUGUAAAGCUACUUGUUGCUAAUUCACCCCCCUAUGCCCCAUUCCUGCUUGGAAGCCCCAACGGGUCAGGGAUACCUUUAUCCACAGAAGACAGAUACUUUUUAAUGUAAAGAAAAUCAUAUUGGAGCAACUACGUUGGAAAUGAUUGCCUUUACCUGCCUUGUGUUUGUGUAAAAUACAUUCCAUAUGACUAUUUAUAUAUCAAUAACUGUAUAUAAACAUUAAAUUUAUAAAUCACUGGGGUGUAUGUUACUUUUUGUCAGCUCUUACAGUAUUUUGUUAUAAUUAUGUUAAGUCAAUGUUUAAUCUGGCUUGGGCCUUAAGUAAAUAAUGAAUUUACUCCAUUGGCAAAUGUCUCCCUUAAACUUCGAGAAGGUACUGUUCACCUUUUAUGGUGGGAUUUCGCAUGCCUUCGAUUUAAUGACAGUGCCUCUGUGGAGGUCUGUAUUCCAUUUUCACAGUUUGAGGCAGUUCAGUGGCCUCUGUGCAAAGCAAAACGAUCAGACUCUUAAAUCAAAUAUACAUGAAGCUUUGUGUCCAGGGUUUGAUAGCAAAAUGACACUAAUCUGGAUUUAUCUGAAGGUCUAGUGAUAUAAAUAAUGAUGUAUGAACGAAUAUCAUGGCUGAGAUAUUUACCAGAACACUACAUUUUGAAUAUGUGGUGUCAGGCAGGUUUGAAUGUUGCUGCUGUAGAAAAUGUAAGGCAGAGCAUCUGGGCUGCGAGAUUCAGGUGCUGCUCUUUGUGGUCUCUGCCGCCAGCUGUGAGGGUUUUUAAAGGUUGAGUAGCAGAGUGGAGAAAAGUAAAAAUAUGUACCCUUGUAAUUGUACCUUUUAAUGUACAGAAAUGGACCUUGAACAUCCCAAAGGUACAAAAUCAGUGGUACUGAAGCAUCCAUUUCUGUACCUUAAAAGGCACAGUCACCUACCGAUAAGGGUAUUUGCAGACCCUUGAGGGUACAGACUUGAUGAAAAGCAAUGGUACAAAUUUUUUGCCUUUUUUCUGAGAACGCUGGAGGACGGGUCAGGCCCUGCCUGAAGAGCACUAUGAACACGGCGAGUCAGACUGUCUCCAGACCAGAUCUUAGAUUUUAAAUCUGAAAUUCCACUAUGUUGUCCACUAAUUCCGGUUCUUGGGCUUGUAUGUCAUGGAAUUUUUUUUCCCUGCCUGGGGAACUCCUUUGUGGAUGUGUAUGUUAAUUUGGGUUUGAUUAAAGCUGAGAAUUCAAACACCUCUG